AUUUGGACGCAUCCUAAAGUACUGGAAAAUGCAUGGAAAAAUGCUUGGAAAAUACAACCUAAAAACAAAAAGGAAGCUCCAAGGAAGCAAUUGAAUUCAGAAGAUGAGCAACCAGAUGAUGUGUAUGAUAUACGUACUGGCGUUAUGUCUGUGACUAAUGAUUGGUGGCGUCAUCAUGUCACGGAAAAUGACUUAGAAUCAAUAAUGCCAAGCAAUAAAUUACGUACAAUGUUUGAAAUUUUACGUAUGUGUGAAGAGAAGGGCGAAAAAUGUCUUAUAUUUUCCGCUUUUGUGGCCGUUCUUGAUGUUGUGGAAUAUUUUUUUAAGAAAAUCGAUGGAAAUGAAGUUGAUAUUUUACGAGAUUUAAAUUUACCACAGACUAAUAUGGGUAAAAAUAGAUGGGCAGCAAAUAAGGAUUACUAUAGGUUAGAUGGUAAAACGCCAAAGUCUAUUCGCCACGAAAUGAUCAAACAAUUUAAUUCACCAAAUUUUCCAAGAGCUCGAGUGUUCUUAAUAUCGGCCAAAGCUGGUGGACAAGGCAUUAAUUUAAUUGGUGCCAAUCGAGUUAUUAUACUUGACACUUCAUGGAAUCCAUCCAAUGAUCAACAAAACAUCUUUAGAAUAUUUCGUUUGGGACAAAAGAGAAACUGUUACGUUUAUCGUUUAUUAGCUAUGGGCACUAUGGAAGAAAAAGUAUAUUCCCGAUCAGUAACUAAGCAGGCUAUGAGUUUUCGAGUUGUAGAUGAGCAGCAGAUAGAUCGGCAUUAUAGCAUGGCUGAAUUAGCUGAAUUAUAUACCCUGACUAAACCAGAUAAUAGUAUGAGACCAGUACCGGUUUUCCCGCAAGAUAGUGUUCUUGCAAAUUUACUUCGAAAUUAUCCGGAUUUGGUGUACAAGUAUCAUGAGCACGACAGUUUAUUAGAAAAUAAAAUUGAACAAGAGCUCAGCGAACAAGAGAAGGCAGAUGCAUGGGCAGCCUAUGAAAGAGAUUUGCUACAAAAUGCCGAGUUUGCCAAUAUGGAAGAGAUGCUGGCAUCACAAAAUCGAAUGAACAAGUUCUUGCCACCAACCAUAGAUUUAACUCAACAAAAUUUUGGUCAAUAUCCGGCAUACUCACCUUAUUUAGGAGCUUUAUUUGAUCGCGAAAAUUUCCAAAAUCCAAUGCAACAACUAUACUUGAAUGUGGUAGAUGCAUACCGGAAAUCUCAAACACCUACAAAUUUCCCACUGAAUCCUCCAAGCACAUCACCUUUAAAUAUGAUGCCAGGCAUGCUGCCAGGUACGAGUGCAGCCCCAAAUCCCAAUCCUUUGGCUGCUUUGGGCGAUCUCAGCAUGUUUGGCGGACCAAAGAUGAACCCUGCCCUAUAUGGUGCACCACCAGCGUAUGGUUCAAGGGGUAGCAAUUCAAUGUUAUCCCCUUUGGAAAUAUAUCAGCAGAGUUUUAAACAUCUUUCGGGUCUUUAUAAUUAUAACAAUCCGAACAAUAUACCGAAACCGAAUUUACCAAAUGCGCCCUUUGCAGGACCUCAUGAACAAUAUUUGGGUUUGCCAUUUACAAACCCUCAUGCACCGCAAACAAAUGGUUUACAAGAUAAGAACUAUUACCAAAACCUUUCAGCAGAGCAAUUACAACAAGCUAAUAAAGCCGCUGAGAGUCCAGGUAUAAAUUCUAAAAAUGGUGACAGCAUACCGACAAGUGUUAUAAAGAAGGGUGAACAAAUGCCAAAUAGAACAAACGAAAAUGGUCAAACGUUUCCUAACGAACCCAACAUUUUAAAAAACAUAAACUCAACCACAAAAAGUAAAACCGGUACAAUUUCUGUUAUACCGCAAGCACAGCUGCAAUCUCCAACAGCAAUCCCAUCCUCAAGCCCAUCAAUUUUGGCUUCGCCAACAUUAGCGCAUACAUCACAAUCAUCUACAUCAAUUCCACAAAGUAAUUUUGGCAAUAACUCAAUGCCGACACCACCAAGAAUAUAUCAGACAGCAACAUCUAUGAGUUCUGGGCAACAAUUACCAAAACCUAAUGUAUACCCACAAAAAUUAACGACAAGUACAGCUGCCGCAUUUGAGCGUUUUAAAAACAUAUACACUACCAGCAACUCCACGAAUGUAUCAAUGGCCAUUGCAAAUGCUCCUCCAAAAGUCUCACUUGCAACGUCCUCAAAUAUAACUACGACUACAUCAUCGAAUAUGGGAAUUUCUUAUGGCAAUAAAUUGCCAACAAUAGGAACAUCGAACGACUUUUUAAAAGUAAGCAAUGAAAUGCAAAUUAUUCCCACCACCAGCCCACCCGGCACUUCUAGUAUUUCAAAACAGUUUAAUGAGAUAUCGCCAAGUAUUUCGCUAACAGCUUUGAAUGAUUUAAAUGUUAAAACAAAACCCAGUGGCAAUAUAUCUCAAAGUAAUAAGCAUCCAAGUCAGACAUUUAUUUCGUCCAACAGCAAUAAUGCUAACAACAGUAAUAGUGGCAGCAAAACACUACAAGUAUCACCAAAAAUAAUACAACCAAGGAGUUAUGCCAAUAAAAAAUUAACAUCGAAAGCAAAAGAGUCUGGUAGCCAGAUUAUGUCAGCUCCAGGUGUCCCGCCUAUGCUUCCAACGACAACGUCAGCAACAACAGCAGUUCCAUUUGCCAGGUUAGUUGCAGUGUCUACUGCAAUGGCAGCCAGUAAUAGUACACCAGCAAAGAAUGUAACAAGUACAAUAACAGCGCAAGGAAAAUCAAAGCUACCACCACUCUCACCAGCACCAACCAGUGCAACAUCUAAUAUAGCUGUAGUGACUCAACGCACACAAUCACCUGUGGCCGUCGCAGUAAUCAAACGAAACACCGGACCAAGUCCUUAUGUUAAACGUCAAAAUGAACAGUCAAUCAAUAAUACAGACAUGCCCCAAUUAACACCAAAAGCAACACCACCGUUGAGAUCAAGAUCUUCUACGACUUUAUAUGGCCCGAAUACGUAUGGAACAAAUCAACACAAUACAAAUAUUGGUAAAUCUCAGUCAAGCUAUAUGCUAAAUAAAUAUGGCUCACCUGCUUUACGAGAUAAUGCACCGAUUGGAACUGGUAUUAAGCGUACAUUAGCAAAGUCAGCAGCACCACCAACGUUAACUCCAGCACCGCGAAACGUUUCUGCUGCGACAAUAACAGCAGCAAAGGCUUUAGCAGCUAUGAAAACUACCACCGGUGCAACCAUUAGCACAAAUAAAUUACCAGCACAACCCAUACCAACUCAUCUUUUUGCUAAUACAAUGGCAAAUACAAGGACACUUAGCAGUAUAUCAACUGCAACGCCAUCCUCUUUAAGAGCUGUUAACAUUCUACAAUCAGGUCGUGGCGCCACAAUUAGUUCUGCUGGCAUUUCUACGGCAAGACCAGCUAAUAGUCCAACAACAGCAGGAGCAAGAACAGUGACUGGUAUUAAUAAUCAAACAAUACGUACAAAUACACCUUCGACGCUUUCUAUUAAGAAUAUCGGUUCCUUGCCACAGAGACCACCAAAUUUAAACGCAGUACAGAAAACUGUUGCGGGUGGUCAGUAUAUCAUUGAAGGGAAUAUUAACGAUAGACGUAUUGCAAUUGGUACACCAACCAAAAGCGGUGGUGGAACUACCAUAACCAAAGUUCCGGUGCAAACUAAAAGGAAGAUUGAUACGAAUGUUUUACCCAAAGAUUUUGAUAUAAAACGCGCUAAAAUGACUUCAAAUAAAGUGACUAAAUAAAUAUAUACCUUUGUUUUAAAAUUUUAUAC